CAGAAAGUCAUGAGGUUGAGUAUCACUCAGAGGAAAGUUAGUUUUGCCUUUAAUCUCGGAGCCUCUGGGGGAUACAGAUGAAGCAAUUCCCUUUAACAGAAUCAAUUCAGUGUAGAGACAGAGAAAUCAUUGAAGGCCCAACUUUCACUGAAAACAAACUUCAUGUACCAUUUCCAAAAUGAGUGAGCAGGAGGUCUCUUACUCAACUGUGAGAUUUAAAAAGUCUUCAGGGCGGCAGAACCAAGUGAGGCCUGAAGAGACUCAAACGGCCAGAGAAGCUGGCCACACAGAGAGGUCAGUCCCCUGGCAGCUCAUUGUGGUAGCUCUUGUAAUCCUCUGUUCCCUUCGGCUGGUAGCUGUUGGAAUGAUCCUGACAAACAUUUUUCAGUAUGCUCAUGAAAAACAUGGAGUGCAUGAAAUUCUAAGCCACAAGUAUAACUACAGCACCAUGCAAAAUGACAUCGAUUUAAAAGAAGAAAUGCUAAGGAAUAUUUCUAAAAAUUGCAGUCGAGGCAAUGAUCUUCUGCAAUCUCUAAUCAGAGAACAGAAAAGAUGGUACAGUGAAACUAAGACUGUUAUACCUUCCUCUCAGCACACAGGCAAAAAUGUUGAAAUACACUGGUUCUGCUAUGGAAUAAAAUGUUAUUAUUUCAUUCUGGACAAAAAAACCUGGAUCGGAUGUAAACAAGCAUGCCAGAAAUCCAGAUUAUCCCUUCUGAAGAUAGAUGAAGAGGAAGAACUGAAGUUCCUUCGGCUCCAGGUUCUUUCAGACCAGUACUGGAUUGGAUUGUCAUACAAUAAAGCAAAACAGGAAUGGUCAUGGAUUGAUAAUGGCCAAUCUGAAUUCUGUCACCUAAGAAUAGUGGAUUCUUGAGAAGAAAUAAAUUUGCAGAAAUUUCUUCUGCACAGAAGCUUGAAUUUCACAGACAUUUUCCCCUUGUCUUGCUCUUAUAUUUUUUCUAUGUCCUCUUCUCUGCUCUCCUCUGAAAUUUGCUGGUUGUGUGGAGGCAAAGAAGUUGACGCAGAUGUCUCCUUUAGGGCUCAGCACAUAUACACAUCUCUUAUGCACUAUGAUAAAUUCUUCCACUCUGCCUGGACUAUAGCCCGCUGUGUAAAGAAGGUUCUCUGCCUUAGAGAAGCAUUUCAGCUUUAUGAGUUCCCAUUUGUUGAUUGUUCAUCAUAUAGCAUGAGUCAUUGGUGUCCUUUUCAGGAAAAUUUUCACUCUUCCCAUGUGUUUCAGGCUCUUGUCUACUUUCUCUUCUACUAGAUUUAGCAUAUCUCUUUUUACGUAGAAGACCUUGAUCAACGUGGACUUGAUCUUUGGAAAAGGAAAAUAGAAUGAAUCAAUUUGAAUUCUUCUACAUGGUGACCCUCCAGUUAACCCAGCACCAUUUGUUGAAAAUGCUACCUUUUUCCACAGAAUGGUUUUAACUUCUUUGUGAACAUUGAAGUGACCAUACGCUGUGGUUUAUUUCUGGUUCUUUAAUUCUAUUCCAUUGAUCUAUGUGCAUUUCUCUGCACAAAUACUAUGCCAUUUAGCUUUUUUUAUCACUAUUGUUCUGUAGAACAGCUUGAGGUCUGAAAUGGUGAUCACCCCAGGACUUCUUUGAUUAUUGGGAAUAAUUUUUGCUACCUUUUUUUUAAUUCCAAAUGAAUUUGUGAAUUUCUCAUUAUACCUCUGUGAAGAAUUGUAUUGGAAUUUUGAUGAGGAUUUCACUGAAUAUUUUGGUUUUAGACUUCUUUGGUAAGGUGGCUAUUUUUAUUAUGUCAAACCUGCUGAUGCAUCAGCAUGGGAGACUGUUCUAUCUUCUGAGGAAUUCUUCAAUUCCUUUCUUCAGAGAAUUGAAGUACUUGUCAUACAAAUCUUUCGCUUACCUGGUUAGAUUCAUACCAAAGUUUUUUCAUAAUAUCUGAAACUAUUGUGUAGGGUCUUGUUUUCAUAUUUUUCACAGUCUAUAUAUUCUUUCAGUUUAGGAAACCUAUUAAUUUGAUAGAAUUUAUUUUAUAUAAUUAGUGACUAUUGUGAAAGAUGUUGCUUCCAUAAUUUCAUUGUCUGCCCAUUUAUUCUUUCAGUAGGGGAAGGCUCAUUUGUUAGAGUCAAUUUAUAUCCAGGCACUUUGCAGAAGUUCUUCAACAAUUGUAGGAGUUCUUUGGUAGCAUUUUUGUGGUCUCUUAUGUAAACUAUCAUAAUAUCUGCAAAGAGUGAUAUUUUGACUUCCUCCUUUUCAAUUUUUAUUUCCUUGAUUUACUUUGUGGUCUAAUUGCUCUGGCUAGAAGUUGGAAUACUAUAAUUUUGACAAAAUCACAACUUAUAGAUUGUAAAAUAUCUUUACCAAGCCUAGAAUAGAUAGAGGGCUAAUAUCUAAAAUUUACAGAAACCUCAAAAGUUAGACAGCAGAGAGCCUAAUAACCAUAUGGAAAUGGGACUCAGAGCUAAACAAAGAAUUCUCAUGUAAGGAAUCUUGCAUAAUCAGGAAGAACCUAAAAAUGUUCAACAUCCUUAGUCACUGGGGACAGCAAAUCAAAUUAUCCUGAGUUUCCACCUCAUACCAAUUACAAUGGCUAAGAUCAAAAACAAAUUUGACAGCAGAUGCUGAUGAGGAUGUGCAGAAAGUGGAACAGUCCUCCAUUUCUAGUAGGACUGCAGGCUGGUAAAACCCCUUGGCAAAUCAAGGUUGCAGUUCCUCAGAAAACUGGAAAAAGUUCUAACUGAAGACCCAGCUAUAGCACUCCUGGACAUACACCCAAAAGUUGUUCCAAAAUAUAAGUUGCUCCACCAUGUUUUUAGCAGGCUUAUUUAUAAUCACCAGAAGCUCAAAAUAAUCCAGUUGUCCCUUAAAAGAAAUAUGGAUACUGAAAAUAUGGUUCAUUUAUAUAAUUGAGUACUACUCCACUACCAAAAACAAUGACUUCAUAAAAUUCAUAGGUAAAUGGAUGGAACUAGAAAAUAUCAUCGCGAGUGCGGUGACCCAAUCACAAAAAAAAAAAAAAAAAUGAAAAAAGAAAAAAAAAUACACAUGGUUUCCAAAUAAGAUAAGUAGGUACUAGCUAAAAGCUCAAAUUAUCCAAGAUACAAUCCAUAGUCCACAUGAAGCACAAGAAAAAAGAUGACCAAAUUGUGGAUGCUUCACUCCUUCAAAAAAGGGAGGACAAAAAUAUACAUAGGACUAUACAUAGAGACAAACGUUGGAGCAAAGUCUCAAGAAAUGGCUAUUUGGCUAUAUUUGGCUAUUCCCGAGACAGCCUCACUGGGGAAUUCAGCAUGUAUACAUAUAUAUAUAUAUAUAUAUAUAUAUAUAUAUAUAUAUAUAUAUAUAUAUAUAUAUAUUUAUAUAUGUAUAUAUAUAUGUGUGUGUAUAUAUGUAUAUAUAUAUACAUAUACAUAUAACCACUAAAACUAGACAAUAUUGAUGAAGCCUAUAAGUGCAUGCUGAAAGGAGACUGAUAUAGCUGUCUAAUGAGUGACUCAUCCAGAGCAUGACAAAUACAGAGGAAAAUGCUACCAGAAAACUACUAAAGUGACAAUGAGGUCCCUGUUGGAGGAAUUAGAGAAUAGAGUAGAGGAACUGAAGAAGCUUGCAACCCCAUAAGAACAACAAUUCUAACCAACCAGAAUUUCUAAGGAUUAAACCACUACCCAAAGACUACACGUGGACAGAGCCAUGGCUCCACCUGCAUAUGUAGCAGAGGAUGGCCUUGUUGGGCACCAAGGGGAGGAGAAGCCCUUGGUUUUGCCAGGCUGGACUCCCCAGUGUAGGGGAAUGUCAGGAAGAGGAGUAGGAAUGGUGUUGGUUUUGGAGGGUGAACACCCUUAAAGAAUAAGUGGAGGGAAAUAGGAUAGGGGGUUUAUUGAUGGGAAACUAGGAAGGGAAAUGAAAUUUGAAAUUUAAAGAAAAGGUAGCCAAUAAUAACAAAAAAAGAGAUAAGACCAAGGUGUGGAUGCUUCAAUCCUACAUAGAAUAGGCACAAAAUAAUCAUAGGAAGUAGAGUGAAGGAGGGACCUGGGAGGAAGAGAGAAAGGGGACAUCAAAUGGAGGUAGGAUCAAGUACUGUUAGAAACAAGAGAGAUGUGAAGAAUGUCAGGAAAUUGAAUAUAAAUAUGUAGCAGUGAGGGAUGGGAAGUACAGGUAAUGACUAGAAAGUCUCAGAUGCCAGGAAUGCAAGAGGUACCCAGGACCCAAUGGGGAUGACUAUAGAUGAAAUAUGUAGCAAAGUGGACAUAGAACUUGUAACAACCACAUCCAAUAGAUAGGCAUGGCCCUUAGUUGAGGUAUGGGGCCACCAACUGGUCUCAAAGUUUUUUUUUUUAACCCAGAAUGUUCCUUUACAAAGGAAAGACAGGUUCAAAAGUUGGAAGGAGACUAAAUGAAAGGCCAUCCAGAGACUAUCCCACCUAAGGAUCCAUCCCCAUUUGUAGACACCAAAACUUGAUACUAUUGCUGAUGUCAAGAAGUGCUUGCUAAGUGGAACCGGGUAUGACUAUUCCCUGAGAGGUUCUACUAUCACAUGACCAACACAGAUACAGUUAUUCAUAGCCAACCAUUGUACUGAGCCCAUGGACUUCAAUGGAAGAGCUAGGGGAAGACUGUAGGAACUGAAGGUGAUUAUAACUCCAUAAAAAGAUCAAUAUCAACUACAUGGAGCAUCUAGAACUCCCAGAGACUAACCACCCACCAGAGAGUAUACAUGGAAGGAUCCAUUAUUCCAGAUACAUAGGCAUCAGAGGAUGAUCUUAUGUGAUAUCAGAGGGAGGGGAGGUCUUUGGUCCUGUGGAGGCUUGAUGCCCCAGCAUAGGGAGAUGCUAGAGAGGUGAGACUGGGAUUGGUAAGUGGGUGGAGGAGCACCCUCCUGUAGGUGAAAGUAAGGAUGUUAUAGCAGAUGGGAUGUGGGAUUGUGGUGCGGUAACAAUGACACAGGAUAUCAUUUGAAAUGUAAAUGCAUAACAUCACAAAAAAAGAGAGAAAAAGAUUCAUCUUUGAUGGAGUUGAGAGCAGCACAGGUCUAGGCCGUAGCUAUAAAUACUAGGAACACAUUUUACCCACUGACUACAUAGCAGGACAAUUGGCCCAAGUGGCCUCUGACCACCUUCAAUCUCAGGCUUUGGAGUUGGAUUACACCAUCCGACAUGGUUCCCUCUUAUCGUAAAGGACCUAGUUCCAAUAAGAAAGCAUCAAUUUAACCUACAAUAUAUCUUGCUUAACAGGUCAGCAUUGUAGCAUGCAGGUUCCAGUGCUGAAUUGGUCUACUCAUAUCUUUUCUCCUCUGCAACCAGCAAAAACUGUUUCUAGCCCUUUGAAAGCCAGACCAGGGGAAGAUAUUUCCAUAUUGAUUGGGAUUGACUUCUCUAUGUGUUGGUGUCAAAGUGGGAAGUAUCUUCAGCAAUAGGGCUUUCCAUGUGUUUAUGAUGGAUACCCAAGGGGAGGAGCAGCAACCUGUGCUGUGUAGGAGACACUUGUCAUGUCCCAGACCAGUAAGUAAUUCCUCUUGAAGAGUCCUUUGCCUUGCACUUGGGUUCCUUUUAAAAACUCAUAUCUUAUUUUGAAUGGGUUCUCUCCUCACUGAGUGCUCCCUGUUCCUCCCCACCUUCCUACUCACCCAAGGUCCUACUAUUUCUUUCUCCUCCAAACAACAAAAAAGUGGAAAUAAAAUCAAUCAGGUGAUCAAAAUACACAAAAAUCACAAAAAAAAUGUUUCCCCUCCCCAAAACCAAAACAACUACACAAACAACACACACACACACACACACACACACACACACACACACACACACACACACACACACACACACACCACUCCAAACCACGAAGGAAUCAAGGAAUAAUGGAGUUUGUUUUGUGUUGAUCAUCUAUGAACUUACUAUCUUGUAUUUAUAGGGACCUUUACAUAUCCUUAGUUUUGGUUAAUCUAUCCUUUAUUCUCUCAUGCCCCUUAUCUUUCAAUCCUCAUUCAACUUUGUACUUGAAUCCUCUACCUUCUGCCUUCAAAUUAUAUAUUUAUCAUUUUUUCUGGUUGCUGAUUUUUUUUAGAAAUACAAAUUUUCAGAAAUCACCUCAUUAUUAUUUAUUCUUUAAUAAGUUUUUUAUGUAGAUAUAUGUUAAAUAGCUUUCUAUAUAAUAUAAAAUAAAUGGAAUUUUUGUUAUUUUGUUCAUAUUAUUUAGAUAAGGAAUCAUCUCAAGAUUCAGGCAUUCCUUUAACUCGUGAUCCUCUUAGCUCUGUCAGGUAUUGGGAAUAAAGGCAGGCAUGCCUAGCCUAUCUUCAAUCUCUUGAAAGAUGUCAGUUAUACUUAUUUUACACGUGCUAAUGAUAAUUCUACUGCCUCUACUCUUGUGGAUUUAAUGUUCUAUUUCUGUUGUCUUCUGUUCAUGAUGUCAUUUUCUUUAGGACAUUUUUCUGGAUUUCUUUGCAAAUAGCUCUAGAAACAGUCUGAGGCAUGGCAUCUAGACUGAUUGUUUUCUUAGGAAACUAUUGUUCAGUGCCUGGGCACGUGGCACGUCUUUCUCACUUUUGAUCAGCCUCUGCUGAUCCUCUGAAGUGACAGCUCUGCUGAAGCCUAAGCCUGUUGUGUUGAUGCUCCUGACUGUGCAUCAAGUGUGGUUUUAAUUAUUAGUUAAUAUUUGAUUAGGACCUUUUUCUAUAGCCAUGUGUAACUUGGGUUUAAAUCCUCCUAAUUUAGCCACCCAAAUGAUAAAGUGAGUGGCCUGCCUCACUUUUCAUAGCGUCAUAACAAGGUUAUAUAUUUUAGUCUACAUUUGAAAGUAUGUUAUCCUAAGAAUGUAGUUGUGCCACCUAAUACACCGUUUAAGUUAUUUUUCUCCUACUUUGUGGGGUGUGAAGUAUGAACUCAGGCUGUUGGUUUGUGUGGGCAAUGUUACUGGCCCAAGAAUUUUUUUAUGAGUUCAGUGAAAAUUAACAGUUUUAUUGAUGAACUUUUUAUUAAGUCUGUAUUGUGUACACUUUGGAUAAUAAACCUUGUUUUCAAAAA